AUGGAUGCUCAGAUUACUGCUUGCUUUGUACGGGAUAUAAGGUUCCCCACUUCGCUGGACCUACACGGCUCAGAUGCUAUGAAUAGGCAGCCGGAUUAUUCUUGCAGCUUCGUGCAGCUGAAAACAGACAGUGAGUACGAAGGAAAUGGUUUCACAUUUACGGUUGGACGAGGUAAUGAAAUCGUAUGCUGUGCAGUAGAGGCCCUCAGUAAGUUAGUGAUUGGAACGAAAGUGAAAGAUAUUCUUGAUGAUUUUGCUUCAUUUUGGCGCCGACUUACAAGUGAAGACCAAAUGAGAUGGAUUGGACCCGAAAAAGGUGUCAUCCAUCUUGCCACAGCCGCCAUUGUAAAUGCAUUAUGGGAUAUUUGGGCAAAGAUUGAAGGCAAGCCUUUAUGGAAACUCUUAACUGAUAUGGAACCUGAGAAGCUGGUCUCAACGAUUGAUUUCAGAUACAUAUACGAUGUACUGACUCCAGAUGAAGCAAUUGAAAUUCUCAAGGAGAUGCAACGUGACAAAUCCAAAAGAGAAAAAUACAUUUUCAAAGAGGGUUAUCCUGCAUAUACAACUUCCUGUGGAUGGUUAGGCUAUCCUGAUGAGAAGAUACGGCAGCUGUGCAAAGAAGCCAUUACAAAAGGAUUCACUCAAUUUAAAGUAAAAGUUGGAUCCAACAUAGACGAUGAUAUUCGAAGAUGUCACAUUAUCCGUGAGGAAAUUGGACCAGAAAAGAUUUUGAUGACUGAUGCCAACCAGAAGUGGGAAGUGCAAGAAUCUAUUGAGUGGAUGAAGAAACUAGCAGUCUUUAAACCGGUUUGGAUUGAGGAACCAACAAGUCCUGAUGAUGUUUUGGGACAUUCUACUAUUUCCAAAGCAUUGAAGCCAUACAAUGUAGGUGUAGCAACAGGUGAGCAGUGCCAAAAUCGGGUUCUAUUCAAGCAAUUUCUCCAGAUGGAAGCUAUGCAGUUCUGUCAAAUUGAUGCUUGUCGUCUUGGAGGUGUCAAUGAAAAUCUGGCAGUUAUUUUAAUGGCAGCCAAAUUUGAUGUUCCUGUGUGCCCUCAUGCAGGUGGUGUAGGCCUAUGUGAACUUGUACAACACCUUUCUAUAUUUGAUUAUAUCAGUGUUUCUGGAAAGCUCAGAGUUUUAGAAUAUGUGGACCAUUUGCAUGAACAUUUCAAAGAACCAGUGAUAAUAAGGAAUGGCAAUUACCAAGUACCUUUGAAUCCUGGUUAUAGUGCUGAGAUGAAAGAAGAAUCCUUGAACCAAUAUGAAUAUCCUAAAGGAAGCAAAUGGCAGGAACUUUUUGCUGGAGGCUUUUUGAAGCAAGACUAA